AUGCACGGCGGCGCCGAGCCCGCAGGCACCCGCCGCACUGCCAGCCCGGCCUAUGGCGCUGGGCAGAGCAGCGGAGUUGGGCGCUACGGGCCCCAGCAGCAGCAGCCCAUGUCAAGUCUGCUCAACAAGCUCGACCCGUCAAGUCUGCUUAACAAGCUCGACCCGCGCGUUGACAGCAAGACGGGCGCCGUGUACGAGAACGGCGCCCAGCGCCGCUACUAG